UUUCUGGCGUUCGUAUCGGGUUCGCGUGCUGCCAUUGCAUUCAGACAAUAUACUUCAGGAACUGGGCUUGCAUCCGUCACGAUGACCACCGUCUAAUAGCCCAAUCCCCGGUUGUCCUUUGCGCGAUUUCGCUCCCGCCGUCGAGGGAGCAUAUUUUAGCCUGCUCUGUAGAUUUUGAUAAUCCAGAAGCAUCUCUUUCCGUUUUAUAACUUCUAGAAAGAAUUCAAAACGCCGGUUGGACCGGAAAGGCUCUAGCAUCUAUAUACGCUCACUACGCCAUGGCCGCUACAAGUACAGACAGGGUUGUUCUUUCAUCGGGGGCUGCGUCCCCAGUCAGUCCGCACUCCUCAACAGGUCAGAUACCCUUGGAGCAACCCCCGAAGCUCAAAGGACGACAUAAGUUGUUGCAAAGCCUACAACGCAUGUCGUCGAGCCCCAGCUUGGCAAAGCGCGGCCGAGCCCACUCAACUGGAUACCGUCGAGAUGGAAAAGCUUCAUUGUCCUGUAUUUCGUUAGGACAAUCGGGGUAUACUCCUUGUCUCGGGAAUGGAAGCUCGUCCCAGCUGUAUGGCGGAUUGAAUGUGCGUCCAAUGACUUCUGGUCAGGCUGGGCCAACAGAAGAUCAUGAGGGUAACGCCCGAAUCCGCCUUGUUGGUUCGGAUUCACCAAAUGCCGCCCAGUCAAGAACAGCCCCUCUGCCUACCGAGUUGAGACCAGGGUCUCGUGGAUCACCGUUAGGAAGUACCGAUGUAAUUCUAGAAACUGCCGUCGAACAACCCGCACCAAAACCGAAGAAGACCUUUGACUUCUGGGGAAGCAUGCCCGAUGAACUCAGAAUGCUUAUCUUUGGUUAUCUGACACCCAGGGAAAUUGUCCGCUGCUCUGCUGUCUCUAAAGCCUGGAACAAGAUGUGCUAUGACGGCCAGUUGUGGUGUAGAGUGGACACUACAGAAUACUAUCGCGAUAUCUCGAGCGAUGGUCUCCUGAAGAUUAUCGCAUCUGGUGGUCCUUUUGUCCGGGAUCUCAACCUGCGCGGCUGUGUCCAAUUAAGAGACAAGUGGCAAUCUGAAGGGAAACGCAUCACCGACUUAUGCCGGAACGUUGUCAAUUUCUCACUGGAGGGAUGUCGCAUCGAUAAGACCUCGAUUCACUACUUCCUUCUUCGGAACCCCCGCCUGGAAUAUAUUAAUGUCUCGGGAUUGGCUAGUGUGACGAAUUCGGCUAUGAAGAUAAUUGCUCAAUCAUGUCCACAGCUUGAAAUAUUGAAUGUUUCAUGGUGUUCCAGUGUGAAUACAAACGGGUUGAAGAGAAUUGUCAAGGAAUGUCCCAAGUUAAAAGACCUGCGGGCCAGUGAGAUCCGCGGGUUUGAUGAUGAAGAGUUUGCGCUUGAGCUAUACAAACGAAACACCCUGGAGCGUCUGGUGAUGAAUCGCACAGAUCUGAAUGAUGAGAGCUUGAAAGUCCUCAUGCAUGGAGUCGAUCCGGAAAUGGAUGUGCUCCUCGAUCGGCCCAUUGUACCACCUCGGCAAUUGAAGCACCUGGAUCUACAUCAUUGCCCUGAUGUGACGGAUAAAGGAGUGAAGAGCCUCGCCUACAACGUUCCCUACCUGGAGGGUCUGCAGCUCUCUCAGUGCCCCGAGCUUAGCGACGACUCUGUCAUUGAAGUUAUUCGUACUACGCCUCAUUUAACCCAUCUCGAGCUUGAGGACAUAGAAAGGCUCACCAAUAACACACUCCUAGAAAUUGCCAAAUCUCCAUGUGCUGGACGCCUUGAACAUCUCAAUAUCAGUUACUGUGAGGCCCUCGGUGACCCCGGCAUGCUCCAAGUGAUGAAAAACUGCCACUCCCUCCGCUCUGUUGAGAUGGAUAACACCCGAGUUUCUGACCUCAGUCUAAUGGAAGCCAGCUACCGCAUCCGCAAGCGCGGUUAUGGCGAGGACUUACCUCGCGUUGGCUUGCGCUUGGUUAUCUUCGACUGUGCCAAUAUUACAUGGGCAGGUGUAAAGGAGGUCCUUUCAAGCAAUGCCUAUGUCCCACGUUCUCGCAAGUCUCUACAGGCUAUAUCUGUUGUGGCACAGUCUGUCAUCCCAAAUCAAUCGUCGGAGACAAAAACAUUGAUCACAUCUUCUAUCACACCCCCGCCGCAACCCGCUGUAUACCCUAAUGAGAUCAUCCAGCUCAAAUGCUUCUAUGGUUGGCAGAUGACCGUAAAUGAGCAUAACAAACGAGUCUUGAGAGGAGAUCUUCCCGCUGCUAAUCGCCUUGAUCGGAAAUGGGCUGAUUAUAUGAUGGCAACAGAAGAAGCAGGUGCGACAGGUGCUGGCGCCAGAAGGCGACGGCGCCGGGCUCGUGAAGCCGAGAGAAUCUACAAUGCCGAUGAUGAAAAUGACGACACAUUUGGUGUUGGGGCCAUCUCUGCCCUUGGAGGAAGACGUAGGAGAGCACACAGUGGCAGCGCCUGUACUGUCAUGUGAAGUCGUUGCUGUUUGUUUUGCAUGGCUUCCAUGUUGGACACAACAUCUGCAAGCGUGCUUGCAAAGAUUUACAAGGGAUAAAUAUCCUUUUUCUUAGCUGCUGGUUUUGGAAACCUUGUCAUAUGCGUCCGCUAUUGUACUCUCCAGCCAGAAAAUAUGGAGGCCAAAUACAAGUGCUGGCUAUGUGGAAGACUGAACAGCAUAACUCUAAACAUAGAGUAUGCUAUGAGACAUGAAACGAUGAGUUUGUGCUAGCAGUUGGAUGAGUGUAUUUGUCUACACUGAACCUUAGCCUUCAGCGAACUUGUUUCGUACCGGUUUGGUUGUUCUUUUCAAUGCAUCGGCCUUAUGACUUCUACGCAACUAUACUCUGCAAUAGGCUUGGUAUACGAUUGGAGUCGGGAUACU